AUGGAGGCACCGGGGUCUGGUGGCCAUCGAAACACAGGAUCAAUCUCACUCGUGGCCAUAGGGGCAACACUGAUUCCCACCGUCAUAACCGCCGCAGCUUUCCUGACUGGUUUUGUGUUGCUUCGAUCAAGAUAUCGAAAUAUUUAUGCUCCUCGCACAUAUUUCCGGACUAUUGCGCAAAAGGAUCGUACUCCUUCUUCCAGCCAUACCGUUGUGUCAUGGUUGCACGACUUUCGGAUGCUCGAUGACAAGUUUGUCCUUCGCCAUUCAUCUCUGGAUGCAUAUCUGUUUCUGAGGUACUUACGCAUGAUCACUCUCAUCUGUGUUGUUGGCUGUUGCUUGACUUGGCCGAUCCUUUUCCCUAUUAAUGCAACUGCUGGUGGGGAUGCUUCGGAGCUCGACAAGAUUAGCUUCAGCAAUAUCAACGAUCCCAAAAAGUUAUAUGCACAUGCUGUCGUGGCAUGGAUCUUCCUUGGAUUUAUUGUACUCCUUAUAACAAGGGAGAGACUUUUCGUUGUUGGUCUUCGUCAAGCCUAUCAAACCAUUCCUUUGAAUGCUUCACGACUUUCUUCUCGGGUUGUCCUCUUCUUGUCGGUUCCGUCGGAAUGCCUCGAGGAUGAAAACUUGCAACGCUACUUCGGUCAAGAUUCAGUGAGGUCAUGGCCUGUCUCGAACCUUGAACACGUUGAGAAGCUUGCCAGCAAGCGGGAUGUUAGCAUAGAGGACCUCGAGCAAGCAGAGCUGAAAUUGCUGAAGAAAGGUCAAAAAAAGCAAAGCCGUUCGUUCAAUGGAGCUGGUGAUUCCGGGAACCUGAAUCAUCGCGAUCGCCCUGCGCAUAGAUCAAAUUAUCUUGUGGGAAAACGCAUCGAUACCAUUUCACGUCUCAGGGAGCAGCUGCCUGACAUUAUAUCUGACCUUGACCGAGUCCGACGGGCAGAUUCCAAUGGCAGGAAUACUUGCACUGGUGCUAUUUUUAUCGAGUACAAAGAUCAAGCGGCUGCACAUCAGGCCUUUCAACAAGUACGACACCCGUCUCUAUUUGCACUCCAGCCAAAGUAUAUUGGAGUUCUACCCAAAGAAGUGAUUUGGCAAAACCUCAACCUCGACCCCUCGCUUCGAAUCACAUAUUCAUACAUUGCAAUAGGUGUCGCUAUUGCAACAAUCGUGCUUUGGUCCAUUCCAAUCGGCAUCAUAGGCACAAUCUCUAACAUCAACUACUUGACGGAUAAGGUGCGCUUCCUGAGGUUUAUCAACAAUUUGCCAGACCCUAUCCUGGGUCUGAUAACAGGCCUCGUUCCGCCACUGCUCCUCAGUACCGUAGUAUCUUAUGUACCAUACUUCUUCAAAUGGCUGGCUACGCUCUCAGGGGCACCAACAACAAAAGAAGCUUCCAGAUGGGCACAGACGUGGAAUUUUGUGUUUCAGGUGGUGCAAGUCUUCCUCAUCACAACAUUCUCUUCCGGUGUGGCCGCCGUUGCGACCAAAAUCUCUAACGAUCCACAGUCUGUGCCUAGGCUGCUGGCGAAAAAUCUUCCUAAGGCUUCGAAUUUCUACCUGACGUAUUUCAUUAUCCAAGGUAUUGGGACCGCAUCCAAAAAUGUUAUCAACUAUUCCGAUUUGUUUCAAUAUCUGUUCUACUACAACGUCAGUAGCAAGACCCCAAGGCAGAAGUACAACACCUUCAUCCAGAUGAAGGGUAUCAGCUGGUUCAACGUCUACCCGAAAUUUACCAAUCUCGCGAUCAUCGCAAUCGCGUAUUCGUGCAUUGCACCAUUGGUAUUGGGAUUCGCGGCCAUCGGGGUGUACCUCUUCUACCUCCAGUAUCGGUACAACCUGCUGUACGUCAUUCAGGUGAAGACGGAAACACGAGGCGAGAGUUUGACGAGAGCGUUGCAGCAGAUGAUGACGGGCGUCUACUUGUCAGAACUGUGCCUUCUUGGACUUUUCGGCAUCAAGAAGGCCCAAGGAGCGUCGACGCUCAUGACUGUGCUCCUCAUCCUCACCAUCAUUUACCACCUGACAGUCAACAAAUACCUAGCUCCGUUGGAGCAUAACAUGCCCCUCGACGUUCUGUCCAAUACCACAGACGAAGAGUCCCCCCUUCUAGGGACCACCGAAGGCAGCUCUCGCACCAACCAGCGAUCACAAUCCCGUGUCCUGCAGCUCGGCCAAGGCAAGCUGCCCACAGUGCUGCUCGACCCUCUCGCCUCCUUCCUGGAACCGCACGUUUUCGCAUCCCAAGAAGCGCUCCGCCCAUGGCUUCAGGACCCAGAAGGCGAAUUCGAAGAGUCCGUAUCCUACACGGAGGACCAGCUCAGGAACGCCUACGUCAACCCGGCGUUGACAUCCAAAACCCCCAUCAUCUGGCUGCCACGGGACUUCCCCAACGGCACGCUCUCGAGGCAGGAAGUCCAAGAAAACGAGAAGGUCGGGCUGUCGAGCACAGAUCAAGGUGCGCAGUUGAAUGAGAAGGGCGAUAUUGUUUGGAACAUGGACGAUUUCUCCGAGGUUCCUAUCUUCAAAGAGCCAACGAGAUUCUGA